UGGGCCUCCCAACUCCCGAAGUGAAUACUGAGACCGCAAAUGUGUCCAGAGACAUCCUAACGAGGCCGAGGGGCUGGGGAGCCUUAGGGCGCCCAGAAGGAGACCCCUGAAGCCAACUCGGAACCAGAGGGAUUUGCCUGGUAUUUGAGUGUCCUCCAAUUCUUCCCCACCUAAAUCCCUGUUGCUAUGGAGACCACCAAUGGGACUGAGACCUGGUAUCACAGUCUGCACGCUGUUCUGAAGGCUCUAAAUGCCACUCUUCACAGCAACUUGCUCUGCCGGACAGGGCCAGACAACCUGACGGAGGAGCAGCGGGCUAACCUUCCUGGCCGCAAUGACAACUCCUACAUGUAUAUUCUCUUUGUCAUGUUCCUAUUUGCUGCCACUGUGGGCAGUCUCAUCCUGGGAUACACCCGCUCCCGCAAAGUGGACAAGCGCAGUGACCCCUACCACGUGUACAUCAAGAACCGUGUGACUAUGAUCUGAUGUUAGGAACUGGGGUGGCUGAAGAUCAAGACAGCUGAGGAUUGUCUUCUAGGGCCUCCAGAACUCAGCCAUGGAUCACAUCAGACCUCUGUUCCUUUCUGUAAGAUCAACAAGAAACAGG